AUGGGAGUACAAAUGAGUAAGCAACGACUUAACGGUGGUGUCGCCACCAGUGAUCGACGUAAGAAAAAGAAAUCAUCUCGCACCACCCACCAUCAUCAUCACCCUCGGCAACCGACAACUAGCACGUCAGCUACUACGUUUGAUCAUCAUUCCAAGACAUUCAAUGAUAAGCUCAGCCAUCGAUCUAUGAGCAGCACUACUACUACCACCGCUACCACUGUAAAUGGCCAUGCCCAUCACCAUGCCUUUGCUACUGAUGGCCCCUUGUCAACCCUUUCAUCUGCCAUCCAAUCACCCACCUCACCCAAACGCACUCGUUGGACCACUGCAGGCUCAUCAUCCAGCGAACAUCCACAUCAUCAUCAUCAUCAUCACUACAAUAGAUCACAUGUAGUUGAAAUGGAUCAUCGAAGCAUGGCUUCUUGCAAGAGUGAAGAUUCAGCACAAGCACCAUCUAUUGCAUCAACAGCAUCAGUAGAGCGCACCGCAUCGGUGACUAGCCAACCUGAAUCUGUAACGUUUGAUCGCAACGAUGAGCAAGAAUAUAACCGGUAA